AUGCUCAGAUUGGGUCUUCGAACGGGCCAGGCUGCUCGCCUUCGAGUUGCUUGCAAGCGUCCCAUGACUCCCUUAUCAUUGUCCAUAUUCAAAUGCUAUUCUGACUCCCCUUUCAAGGUUGACUACAAGAAGGUCAUGGAGGAAAGACAGAUGCUGAAAUUGCCCAAGUACAAGCAAUGGGCCCUAUACUUCCAGACAAAGGAGUUCAAGAAGUCCAUGACUAAGUACUACCUUGCAAUGUUCGGCGUGAUGCUUGUGUGUAUGUACUACUAUAUGAGAGAUCGGUGGUACGAAGAACAGCAAAUCAAGCACAUUAGAGAGAAGUACGAGAAGGAUCCCUCAUCUCUAAGUGAGUACAAGUACUUGAAGCUCAAAAAGCUCACAGGAGACAAGCUUAAGCCGCGUGAAGAGAAGAAGUUCAGGCUUUAUCAGAUGAUGAGGAAGGAGUUUAGAAGAAAGCAUAUUUUUGAUACCGAUGUGAUGUUUGAGCCCACACCUGCAGACUUGAACGAAUGGUACUCUAGACAAGCUCGGAAAACCACCAAGAUCGCUGUUCCUGAAGACGACGAUAACGACGAUGGAGAGAAGCCAGCGAUGAAGAACGCCUCGAACCCAAGUAUCUUGCCCCCUCAGGACACCACUGGGUUCUACGAAGAAAACGCAGCCACAUUCGAUCGUGACAUGUGGUGGGAAGAAUUCAAGGCGAGGAUUGGAGCACGCAGAAAGUGGUUGAUGAAAAAUAUCGAGGGUGACGUCUUGGAAGUCUCUUGCGGUACUGGACGAAACAUUCCUUACCUCAACUUGGAACACAUCAACUCGAUCACAUUUUUGGAUUCCUCAAGGGGUAUGGUCGAAGAGGCCAAGAAGAAGUUCCAAAAGAGGUUUCCAGGAUAUAAAAAAGUUGGAUUUGUCACUGGCAGAGCCGAGGAACUAGCAGAUAUGGCCAAAGACGAGACAGUAAAGUAUGACACCAUCGUCGAGGCCUUUGGGCUUUGCGCUCACGAGGACCCUGUUGCAGCGCUUAAGAGCAUGAAGAAGCUCUUGCGCCCAGGCGGCCGUAUUGUUCUUCUUGAGCACGGCAGAAGUACUUGGGAUUUUAUGAACAACCACUUAGAUUUCCGUGCCGAGAAAAGAUUCAAACAGUGGGCUUGUAGAUGGAACUUGGACAUUGGUGAGCUCAUUGACGAUGCCGACUUGGACAUCACCUAUGAGAAGCGAGUCAAUUUCGGUACUAUCUGGAUGUUGGUUUGCAAGAGGCCCGAAGACAAGCUUCGUGUUGACGAAAAGCCAUUCAUAAAUAAGUUUUUCGGCACAGAGGCCCCAAAAGUCAAGAAAGAGUAA